UAGACGGGAUGGGCGGCCGUUGGAGGGUGACGUGCAAUUUGGAACGAACCAACUCGCAGAGGCGGCGGGGGUGUCUAGACGCUCGACGCGACAUUUCGCGGGCCGUCAGGCUCGGGAACGUCGUCCGAGGCCGUGGGCGUGGACGCGCGACUCCCGGCAGCCUCUCCCCCCGUGAGCUCGAGAGUGGUCCGUUCCAGGAGCGCGCGCGCUCCUUGAAGUCUCCUGGCUGCCCGAGGCGCCCAGACUGCCAUUCUCCGGGCUACUUCACCUUCAGGGUUCCACGUCGGUAGCCAUGGAUUCCGAGACCCGCGAACUGCGCGCCCUGGAGGCGGAGGUCGCAGCGCUGCAGCGAGAGUGCAGAAUGCUGCAAAACGCUGGGGAGAAGGCGUCCGGAGCCUGGAAAUCAUUUCAAAAAAUUUCCCAAUCAGAUUCUGAGGAGUGGGAAUCUUUGAAAGACUUGAGAAGUCAGCUUGAACAUUUAAGAUCUGAGCACUCAUUUCUAAGUAAACUUACUGGCUUCAAUAUAAGAAACUAUUCCAAGAUGGAAGACAUUGUAAACACUGAAGAGACAGAAAAAGAUACAAAGAAAGUUCUACAGAAACACAGAUUAUCAGGAAAUUGCAACAUGGUGACAUUUCAACUGGAAUUUGAGGUUCUGGAAAUGGAGACUAAAGAGAAAAAAUCUUCGAUUAUAACUGACCUCAGCAUAAUAAUGGAGCCCACAGAAUAUUCAGAAUUAAGUGAAUUUGCAUCUAGAGCAGAAGAAAAAAGAGAUUUGCUCAUGUUUUUCCGAAGUCUGCAUUUUUUUGUGGAGUGGUGUGAAUAUCGUGAGAACACAUUUAAGCAUUUCAAGACCCACUCCCUCUCCAUUUCUUCUCAGGAAAGAGCAGGCCUCCAAGAGACAACCACCAAACAUGACCAAACAAGGAACCUGGAGGCAGGAACUUAUGCAGAGGCCAUAGAGGGAUGCUGCUUAUUGGAUUGGUUCCCCUGGCUUACUCAGCUUGCUCUCCUAUAGAACCCAGGACUACCAGCCCAGGGUCUCAUAUACCCUCAGACUGACCUUGGAUUCUUUAUGCAGCUGAGGAUGACCUUGGACAGCUAGUGUGCAUGUGCCUACCGCCCAGGUGCUGAGAUUACAGGUAUACACCACUGUGUGCUGUGCUGGAGCUGAACCCGGGUCUUCCUGAGUACUAAGCAAGCACUCUACCAACUGAAGUUCAGCACCAGCUCCUUUAGUUUACUCUUGCAUCCUUAAAUUGCAGCUCUGUCUUUCAGAUGUAUGGCUACUUUUAACUUUACCAAUUAGAAGAUUACAAUUGGUAUCUUUGGAACAUCCUGUCUUUGGCCUAGCCUAGUUUGAGGUUGCCAGAAUUAGUUAUUCAGUGAGCAUUUCUUUUGUUUUUGUUUGUUCUGUUAUUGGAGGUUUGUUUUGUUUGUGUGGUUGUGUUUGUUGUUUUGGUGGGGUUUUUGUGUUCAUUGUUUUGAGUAUUAUGUAGUCCUGGCUGCCCUGGAAUUUGCUAUAUAGACCAAGCUGACUUUGAACUCAGAGAUAGUCCUGCCUAGGUGCUAGGAUUAAAGAUGUGUGCCACCCCACCCGGUCAGUGGGUGGUUUUUUGGUUGUUGUUGUUGUUGGCCAGCUGUAAGCCCACCCUAUGUCUACCAUGUCUGUCUGUUCAUUCGGUACCCCUAAAUCCCAAAAAUAAGAGUUUCUCUGUUUAACAGAGCCCUGGAUGUCCUGGACUCGCUUUUGUAGACCAGGUUUGCCUCAAACUCACAGAAAUGUACCUGCCUCUGCCUCCCAAAUGCUAGGAUUAAAGGCGUGCACCACAAUGUCAGGCAGUGUUUCAAGGUCUUAGCCUCAUUUUCUAAAUUAUAAGAAAUGAAAAUUGGAGGUUAUUAAGUUGGCUGAUUGUUUUUGUUUAAGUCUUUUCAGGAUAAAAACUUGGGCUUUUGCUUCCAGUAUAAGAACAAAAACUAUUUUAACACUAAGGUAUUUGAAAUAUAGAACUAAGAAAACUGUGGAAAAUUUUAAAGUAUAUAUAACAAGAGAAAUAUGUUAGGGUUCCAGAGUGAAUGCCAAGAACACAUCUUGAUUUUCCAUGUGGCCUGGCAGCAGAGUUGAGGGCUGGACUCUUUUGUAUGCUUUCCACAUGCUGGUGACAGAGAUUCCUUUAGCCCACUUGCCUGAGCAAGCUCAAGAGUAAUUCCCCCAAUGCUGAGUGGAGGUUCAAGCUGAGGAACAGGAUGGGGUAGGAGAAGUUGAGUUUGGAGGUAAGAGAGUAAGAAGGAAACAGGCAGGCAGAGAAACAGGAAACAGAACAGUGAUGGGCUUGCUUCUCUUCCACAUUCUACCUCAGGCUCACUAAGCUUCAGCCACAGUCCUGCCUCCCUGACCUUUCUUACAGUGGUAGUUCACGAUUGCUUCUUUGCCUUUUUCAAAACAGUAGUGGAUGAGGUAUGAAUUGAGACUUCUGCCUGCUAGUUUCAGCAUUACCUGUCAUAGUAGAGGAAGGUAGUUAGUUGUGGCAACCAGCUCCUACACAGCAGUUUUUCUUUUUUCUGGUGAAAGGUACAGAUCUGUAUAUUCAUAGUCUGUUACCCCAACGAAAGUACCUCUUAGUGGAGGUUCCUAAACAGUCUGGACUGCGCUACAUAAUAAUGCUAAUCAAAGUACUCUAAGGAGCACACCGCCUUUAGAUCUUUAGCCACCUAUGGCUUCCCUAAUGGAAGGCUUUAUAUUAAAAACAGAGAUGCCCUCUUAAUAGUUCUCUUUGUGAGUUCUAUCCUCUGUUCUCCAUUUUAAAAAAUACUUAUCUUUCUGUGUUUUCUAUUGCUCAUAGAGAAAACAGAGGCCAACAUUGGUACACUGAGGGAUUGUCCAUUGAUGUUGCUAGGUCUCUGCUGCAGAUUUGAGGAGUAUCUGAGAAGAUGCUAAACCUCUGUUGUUCGAGUUGUACAUCCACUCGCCACUGGAUAAUAUUGACAGUGCAGAAGAGGGAGCACUGUACAACAGUGCCUUCUAUUCGGAAAAAUACGCAAAACAGUAUUAUUUCUUAUUUAAGGUGGUUGUUUUAAGCUUGUUAAAACAGGUCAAAGUCAAGCUUACUGGUUUUGGCAGCAUUCAGAUUGUGCUAUUUUUUAAAACUUUAAAAUUGUUUAUACCUCAUUCUCAAUAUUUUCCUGAUUUAGACAGACUUUGCCCGUGUUUGUACUCAUGGAAAGUUUUGGGUUUGUGUCUCAAGUUGUAGUCUUAAUAAGAAUACUCUUGGGAGCACUAGCCCAGUGUUCCUACUGUUCCUAAUAAAUCAGACCAGUUAGAGCUGAGAGACAGCUCUAGACACCAUUCCCAGGAACCAUUCCCAGGAUGUUUAGGCUUUGGGCUUCCAGAACUCCCUGGAGGCAGCAGAGCUAAGGCAACUUCCUCUCUCCUCUCUACUAAAACUUUCAACCAUGUUCUGAGUAGAUUUUCAUUUCACAGUCACUUCUGGACAGUGAAGCAGCUUUCCUCUGAAAAAGUCUAGGAGAGGUUUGACCAGCCCCUCAGACUUCAUAAUAAUACUAGAAAUGUAGCAAAGAAGUCCAGAGGCUUCGUAGUUACCACUUAACUGUCUACAAACAUGAAAUGGAAAUCUUGUCUAAAUGAGAUGCUGUUUUCUUUCAGAACCUUAUUAGGUAAAUGAGUCACUGUAAUUUUAAAUCCCAUGUUUAAAGGUCCACUUGACAACUUGAUUAUUUCAGUUCAUAGAUAUGUUAUAAGCUCCAGGUAUAAAUGUGGCAAACAUGUCCCGUGUCUCUUACAGAGAGAAUACAGACUACAUGCACAGCCUUGUCCUCCAUAACAUAAAUGUCCAAGCAUUCAUUGGGAAAUUUAGUCACUGCACUAUUUGUUCAUAGACAAAAUACUUUUUAAAACAACACCUUUAAUUAAUUUUAGCUUGGAAAUAUACACUCUAAUUAAGGACUUGGCUAUUUUUCUUUCUUUAGGUACCAGUUUUUCUCUUCAUCAGCUAUAUUCAGCACCCUAACUGCUGUUUUAAAAGCAAAACAUUCUUGCCUCUCCACUUUUCUGAGAUUUCCUGCAGUGCUUGUAAAGUGAGUCUGUUUUGUGUCAAGCCUCGGGUCAGGUAUCAGGAUAUCCAUUUUUAAUGUAGUGGUUAGAUGUAACAGAAGAGUGCAUCGCUUCCAUUCUUUCCACUACUACACUACAGUGCUUCAUGCCAAAACCAAACGAGGAACAGCAGCUUGGAUACUUCCACAUGAGCUGGGGCUUGAGCUCCAGCUGCUCCCUCAGUCAGUCAGUCAGUCAGUCUGUCUGUCUGUCUGUCUGUCUCUCUCUCUCUCUCUCUCUCUCUGUGUGUGUGUGUCUGUGUGUGUCUCCCUCUCCCUCCCUCCCUCCCUCCCUCCCCCUCUCUCUCUUCCUCCCUGUUUUCUUUUCUCUCUCUCUCUCUCUCUCUCUCUCUCUUUCUCAACAUAAUGAUUCUUGAUUGGAUUACAAGAAAAAUUAAAAAGCAUGCUACUUUUAGAGCAAUUGAUAAGAUACACAGAAACCCCUCAGGUUCUUUGUGACUUUGUGACUCAGUCCUUAUAACAUGUGGCCACUGUUUUACUGGCUGCCACUCCUCUGAACACAUGAGCAUGAAAGAAUACUAUGUUCCAUUUAGAUAACUGGAAGAAAAGUGGUGAAAGCAUUAUUAAUUUUUAAAAUCUAAGAUAUAUAAUAAUAUACUUUGUAAAAAAUAAAACGUACUUUGUGAAAGAACAAAGGAAAUCUUUGUGUGUUAGUCUAAGUAUGAGGUUUAUGAAAAGAAGUUUCUAUUUUUCAUAUGAAAUAUAAACCUGGUUAAACUAUUGCUGAUAGGUAUUCUUUCUUGAAAUUAUGUUGAUUUCUGUUAUAAUUGCCCAGUACUUUUUCAUUGUACAAUAAGACAAUUGUCAAGAAAAAAGUACAGGUUUUCAGUGGUAGAGAUAAAAGUGGUAUCAUAGAUUUACAUAGUUAAAAAACUUUCAUUUAAUAUAUCUAAUAUGUUCAAACUUCAUUAACAUUAUUAAAGUAAUAUUGUUUUCCUAAAAGGUUGUAUAAGUUGUCUACUUUUUAAAAUCAGUCAUGUUAAUAUGAUAAAGCAUUAGUGAAAGUUUUUUACUUUGUUUUCAAAAUGCAUAAUAUUUUAAAUAACUUUAUUAUAAGACAUAAAACUAAAGUAAUUUUAGUUACAAAAUUCACAGAGUUUUUUAUAUAAUGCUAAGGAACUACAUACUUCUGGUUUAAAUUUUACCGUAUAACUCACACAUGUUUAUUAGUAGUAUUAGUGCUUUCUUAGUUUAACAAUAAAAUAAUUGUAUACUGGUAUGUGUAAUACAGACAUGAAAACCUACCUUGUCAGAGGAGAGAAGUUUUCUUCAAAGUAGAAUUUAUCCACCCUGUACUACUUAACUGCAAUGUAAGUAUCCUCAAGACUCUUCAAGAAGAAAAAAUAAAGAAGUGUUACAUUUAAAGAAAAGAAAAAAAGAGAACAAAAAUCCAGCCCUCCUACCAGCCUCUGUGUGGCUGCUCCUGGGUGAUACUGGAAUAAACUGCUUCCACAGAUUAGUCCAUGUUAGUACUGAAGAGCGAGAUUAAAACUUGUUACUGCUCAUAUGUUUUCCAUCACUGUUUGUACCAUAGCCAAAACUUCUAGCUAAACUCUAGACGUCUACUGGAAGAUUUGGAAGUUAAAAAAAAAAAAGCUUAAUAAUUCAUGGCAACUGGCCAUUGAAACUGUAGUCACUGUAGAAAUACGUGAUUUGAGAAUACUUUAUGAAACUCUAACAUAAAUGAAUACCUAUAAAUUAAUUUCAGAAAUCACUCACUGUUUAUAGGCUAAUAAAACAAUUACCAAUCUUAGUAAAAAACACCCAUAUUAUAUGUUUACCCAAAGUCUACAUGUACCUAAGUAGCCAUGACUUUGUUUUCUUAUAGUGAUUGAAGCUAUUAUGUUAAGCAGAUGUCUCAAGCCUUUGGGGGGGGGGUAAGCUUUUAACCCCACAAUAGACUUCUUUGGGAACUGCAAGCCAGGCCCUUUAAACUCUUCCUGGGCCUGCGUCUGUUGUGGUACAGAUAACUAAGCAGAGUCAGGUAACUCCACCUUUCCUCUGCAAGAGUCUCAGCUCCCUUCUCACUAGUGUUCAAGAGAUGCCAUUCUUCAAGAAGAAAAUCAUUUCCCCCUUUCCACUCCAAGAGAUUACCCAGCCCCACAUCCUUGAAGCACAGAAUCCUGUAAGAACGGGCGGUUUAUUGACCCUAAGGGGAAAUACUCAGUUGGUACAGAAGGUAUCUAGUGAGUUAGCAGAAAUCUAGUUUCUCCAGUCAAAAAGUAUCAUCUAUGGUUCCCACCGCAAAGAAAUGGCACAAAUCAAGCCAGUUACAACCAUAAAAAAUUUGUGUCUCACACAUGUCAGGGAAGCUUAAUUAGGGAUUCAUCCUCUCCUUCCUUAGGUAAAGAACUCAUCUUUUAACCUCAAGUCUGAUGUCACAGGCAGCUUAGCACUCCUAGAUAUCCCGUUAUUUGCAUCUCAAGUGAGCUGCAGCCCUCUCAGCAACAUCUUAUUUGGAGUUAGAUGUUCAUGCUCUGUUAUGCACUUAUGUUUUAGUUGUAAAUGUGUCUGCUAACUUGAUGCAUUGGAAACAGGAUGAGAUUAUGAACUGUAGUUUAUUAAUCCUUGUGCCCAGAGCAGCCAACCUCUGCCUGAAUUCUAUCAGUGCAUAGACAUAAAAAGGAAGGUCAUGAGUGAAAUUCAGUUUGUCCUACACAAUGACAGGUUUUAUAUUUUAAUAUUUUAUUAAAACAUAUUCAAAGAGGUAAACAUACCAUAAUGGUACAGCUCAAUGAGUCCUAAUUCUUGAUCAAGAAUCUGAAUCCCUCUCCUCUUCCCCGACAAAGAUAAUUCAGCAUCAGAGCUUACUUUUGAGCUUUGUUCACGCGCCAUCACAUAAUACAUUCUUCAUGUGUCUUAUCUUUUUUUAUCCAACACUAAGGUUUUGAAAGUUACCUGUGUCCACAUUCUUCAUGUGUCUGUUUUUCUUCAUUCAACAUUAUGGGUUUGAAAGUCACCGGUGUCAUUGUGGUUAGUGAUAGUUCAUCUCACUACUAUAAACAUUGUAGGAAUGUGACACAUAUUAUGAACAUUUCAACAGAGGUAAUUACCUUUUGAAGGAUUGUCAUGAGCAUUUGAAAGUUUUAUUUGGGAAUUGUAUGCAUGUGUUUUAGCUGGGUGAGAGUUGAUGCUGUAUCCUAACUUUGCCCAGGGUACAGCAGGGUAAGCAAGCUGGGACUGAGGGGCUCCCCAACCCCAUCAGCAUGGGAAGCUGACAUUUCCUCCUGCAGUCUGAGAAAAGUCACCUCGGAAGUAGACCCUUAGGUCUCUAGAGAACCUAAUUCUUUUGCUUUUCUACGAUUUUGGUUAUUUUUUUUCCCUACCUUUCUCUUGUGUUUUGCUCUAAACAUUGAAGAACUAGUUAAAUUAGAACAGCAUCUUUAGAAGUUGUGGUUAUAUUAUGUUACAAAUGAGAUAAAUUACUAAAUUUAAAAGUAAUAUUCUUUUUACUUCAUGAACAGAAAUUUUGACUGCUUUAAAAAUAUAAAAAUUGUAAUUUAUUUUUUAUUCUGCCCUAUAUACUAUGAAAAUAAAAAUAGAUAACUAA